GCUUACCAACACCGUCAGCUGACAGCUGUCAACCGUUCGACUCGUCUGGUCACACUCGGAGCUCGAGAUAAAAACACAAAAUAAUUGUUUUCAUCGCGAAUUGCCAGGAAAUUAAGACAAAAUGUCGCUGACUCCCUUUUUGCGCCUGCCCCUCACGGACCUGACUGGCUGCCUGAUUAACCACCAGACCUACGACAAGUGCGGCAAGUUCGAGAUGAAGAUGAUGGAGUGCUUCGAGGCGUACGGCCUGGAGCGCGGAAAGCGGGAGUGCGCCGACCUGAUCUCCGACUUCCAGGAGUGCGUGGGCAUGCAGAAGCAGCUGAUGCGUUUCCAUGCUAUGAGAAACGAGCGCUACAAGCAGUGGCUGAAGGGAGAGCGCAAGGGCCAGGAGUUCUUCGCGGAUCCUCCGCGCGUGGAUGCCUAUUAAACGGGGAGCCUAUUGGGUAAUUCCAUAUUGAAUAGCCGCAAAUUGUGUAAAAAUAAAGAAAAUUAAAUUCGAA